AUGCUCGCUCAACGUGUUGGCGUCAACGCCCUCCGUCAAGGUGCGGCCAAGCCUUUCUUCGCUCAGAACAUCUCCAAGGCUGCUCUGGCUGCUGGCAUUUCUACCUCUUCUCCCGUCCGCGCUACCGCAUCCACAAAGGUCUCCCAAGAGGAAGGCCAGCAGAUCCUCGUUAACCAGCGCCUUAACCGCCCUAUCUCUCCCCAUCUGGGUAUCUACAAGCUCGAGCAGACAUGGUUCGGUAGCUCCGCCUGGAACCGAAUCACCGGAUCUACUCUCUCCGUCACCCUCUACGGUUUCUCGCUCGCCUACCUCGCUGCUCCUUUGGUUGGUCUGCACCUCGAGAGCUUGAGUAUCGCCAGCUUUGUCGCCGGUCUCCCUCUCGCUGUCAAGGGCGGUAUCAAGUUCACUCUUGGCUUCCCCUUCGUCUACCACUCCAUCAGCGGCUUUAAGCAUCUCCUCUACGACGCCGGCAAGGGCUUUGCCAAGACAACUAUUGUUCAGGCCGACAAGUACAUUUGGGCCGCCAGCGUUCUCGGCGCCAUCGGUCUCGUUGCUUUCCUGUAA